UAUGAGGAGCCUUCUAGCACCGAACCUGGUUUUGAGAUCUGGGCUGCAGAAACCUGAAGCCUAAAUCCCAAUCCCAUCUGAGCCUCAAUUUCUCCUUCUGCACGACAGUUUCGGGAAAGGAAACCAUGAUUCAGGCAUCCCGCCCUUCCGGCGUCGGAUUAAGUCUUGACUCCCUUUUGACAGAGUAGUGGGUAUCCCACAAGGGAGAGGUUCAGGGAGGCGGCGAGGCAGAAGGAGCUACUGUGGGGAAGAAGUCCCUAAAACCUUACUCUGCGUGCCUUGGCCAGGCCAGCCUUUUCCCUGCAUCCCUGGGUUCGCCCAUCUCCCAGAAUCCGGACACGAAGCAUCAUGGAAUCGCGCGGUUCCUCAUUGCUCAGCCCUGAGAUAGUGUCAGAAAAGCCUCUUUACUCCGAGGUAGCUGAUUCUGGAGAGAGCCCCUUAAAGAGGAUCCACUUCACCCGAAUUCAUUUCCUGGAAGGCCUGGGUGCCCCUGGCCCAGGAGUGAUGUGGGACCCGGCCAUGGAUGAGGUCACCUUCAGGAGCGACACUGUAUUGUCUGAUGUCCACCUCUACACCCCAAACCAGAAACACCUCAUGGUGCGGCUGAACGGCGUGGGGCAGCCCGUUUUCCUGUCCCAGUUCAAGCUUCUAUGGAGCCAGGACUCUCGGAUGGACUCGGGGGCUGAGGGUGGCAGUCACAGACAUGUGCACACGCAGGAGACCCCUCCUGCUGGGUCAGGUGGCCCAGGGUCUCCUCCCGGAAGUGGUUACAGUCGUGAGGGUUUCUCCCUCCAGGCCAGGGCUGACAACACUGGCCAGGAAGGGGCAGGCGCUCAGCUGGACGAGGAUGGGGAUUUGGACGUGGCGCGAAGACCGCGGGCCGCCUCUGAUACUGACCCCGCAGAGCCGCCAAGAGACAAGGUACAUCCCACGAUUCUAACACAGGAAGAAGAGGACACCCUAGAAGACAGAGUACCAGAGAGCUGCCCCCAGAGUAUCAUCAACAUAGAGCACACCAUGGCCACCCCCCUGGAGGAUGUUGGCAAGCAGGUGUGGCAGGGUGCCCUGCUCCUGGCAGACUAUAUCCUGUUCCGGCGGGACCUCUUCCAGGGACGAACUGUGCUAGAGCUCGGGGCGGGCACAGGGCUCGCCAGCAUCGUGGCAGCCACCAUGGCGCGGACCGUGUAUUGUACAGAUGUCGGCGCAGACCUCCUGGCCAUGUGUCAGCGAAACGUUGCCCUCAACAGCCACCUGGCUGCCGCUGGAGGUGGCGUGGUGAAGGUCAGGGAGCUGGACUGGCUAAAGGACAAGCUCUGCACCGAUCCUGAGGUCCCCUUCAGCUGGACGGAAGAGGACAUCUCUGACCUGUAUGACCACACCACUGUGCUGUUCGCUGCGGAAGUGUUCUAUGACGACGCCCUGACCGACGCCCUGUUCUGCACACUGUGCCGGCUCACCGGCCGGCUGAAGAACGCCUGCACCGCCCUGCUGUCAGUGGAGAAGAGGUUCAACUUCACACUGAGACACCUGGACGUCACAUGCGAAGUCUAUGAUCACUUCCGCUCCUCCCUGCUUGCCCUGGAGAAGCUCUCGGACGGCAGGCUGCACUUUGUGGUGGAGCCGGUGGAGGCGUCCUUCCCGCAGCUGCUCACUUACGAGCGCAUCCGGCAGCUGGAGCUCUGGAAGAUCACUGCAGAACCAACAACGUGACCCGCUGCCUUCACAACGCCGGUGGCCUCUUGACUUCACAGAAUAUAUUUCUAAUAAAGUCGGAAGUUCGGCAAAAUCUUGCACUUCAGACACUGUCAUUUCAGAAGCAUGGUAAGUGUUUGCCUUCCAUGACCUAAGAUGGUUUUCUGGAGCCUGUCCUUGCCUCCCAGCAGCAGCCAGAGAGCGCUUCUGCUCUGGACUGGGAGCCCACUUAGUGGCCUGUGUGCCCCACGCCUCUAACUUGGUGCCCAGUAUGCUUCAGGCACGGUUCGGUCAAGCUGAGCGAGUGCUCCCAGCUUGAUUCCACUGCAGCCGGCUGUUUCUGCGCAGACUCCCCUGGGGCCGGGACUGUGCAGUCUGCACACGCCCUCCACUGUUUACGGGUGUCUUUCAUGCUCGCCACAACUGCUGUCAUAACCACUUGGCACAAACGUCUCAUUUCCUCCCUCCAGUGAGGGCCCUGUGCCCAAGAGUGGACUGAACUAGCAAGUGGCUUCUUUUAAAUUUUCAAUUCUAACCCUUUAUAACUAAAAUCAGGUGUGCUUAGGCCAAACAGAAGAGCCGAGAGGCCCAGGUCCAUUUCCCUAGUUGUUAUCUUAUCCUCAUGUCUGGGGCCAAACAUUUGCAAGACUUAAGCUCAUUUUAUCCUUCCAGCAAAUCUAGGAGGUCAGCAGUGCGGCUUUUAUGAUUGAGAAAAUUAAGGCUCCAAAAGAAAAAAAUCUCCUUGGGAUCAGGGACCUGGUUUGCCUGAAGCAUCACCAUAUAACUGGCGUAUCAUCCGGCACGCAGUAGGCACACAUUACUCAUCUAAAUUAUCAACUAGAACAGCGUUUCUUAAUCGUGGGUGAUUUUGUCUCCUGGGGCACCAGACAAUGUCUGGAGACAUUUUUGGUUGUAGGAGAGGCAGAAGUGCUCCUGGUGCCCAGUAGGUGAGGACGGGUUGCUGCUAAACCGCACAGUAGAAAACGAUCUAACCCAGAGAUUCAAGAAUGCCGAAGUAGAGAAACCUUGGCUUGGGACAGAACCAGCUAUUGGAGGAAAGAAAAAUGGUUCUCAGUUGAAGCUGUAACGCUGGAGUACAGAGUGUGUCUCACCUGCCCCCACCCCGGGGUGGGAGGACUGGGGGGAAACCUGUGUGCACUCAUCAUCCCUAAAUCCUACAGCAGUGUUACGUACACAUGAGGAAUAGGAAGGUCAGAGAGGCAGCGGGACUGCCCAAUACCACACAGCUACCAGAGCAGAGUCGGGCUUGGAGUCCAGACCCGCUGACUUCCCGCAUCUCCCCAGUGUGGUCCCUUGACCAGCACCAGCACCCACGGUCUCCCGGAAGCAGCACUGGGCCCCACCCAGGGCCCACCUGAGUCAGAAUCUGACUUUGACCAGACCCUAGCUGUCCCUCCAGAAGCACUGGGUUCGACUGCAGAGCCUGGGCCCUUUCCUGUUUUCUAGAAUUCCUACAAAAACUGCUCCCCGGCAGACAUGCUGUCACGAAGCAGGGCUGUAGGUCACAUGCAUUAGUAAUGAGUCUGAAAACAACCGUGCUAGACAGGGCCCCCAGCUGGCCUUGCCUCAGCACGAACAGUGACAUUUUCCCAGCACUCCUGGGGACAAGUCCAUAAAUGUAAUUGGCACCAGGCAAUAGAGUUGUCACCACCUUCACCUGCGCAUUAGGGCAAGCUGCUUUUAUGUCUAAACCACUCGGCCUGAAAGCUGCCUCUAAGUGGAGCCCAGAAUUAAUCUUGAUCCACCAUAACUCAGAGCAUCAUCAGAUGUUCACUUCAGCGCUGAAGUGUGCCCUUAUCACUGUGUUUUACGGCCUCACUUGAGCCUUUGCAAGUGCUUGUUUGUCGGUGAUAUUUCAGAAGCAUCAAACCAUCGAGAUGUUCCGCUGGAUAAUUAACCCAGCCAUUGGACUCAAUUUUCUUUUUGACGCAUUCUGACAUUUUCAGAGAAAUAUACGGCCCAAGGAGGAGACGUGGUUGUUCAGCUGUAACCUGUGUAGAAAACAUUUGUUUAAACCAACAAAUACUGAUGCCGUCACCCCCGGCACUUCCCACAGUUGUGCAUGUGAGUCACUUGGGGACAUGACAGCAUGCAAAUCUGACUCAGAUCCUGAGAGGGGCCGGCUGCUACUUGAACACAUGCUGGCUGAUCCCCACCGUGCGGGUCCGGGGCCCGUGUGUAACUCGUAGUUAAAGCCGCCAGCUCACAUUGGGCUGACCUGUGUUCAAAUCCUCUCGCCUCUCUGCACUGUUUCUUCUCCUGGAAAACAGUAAGACUCCUUCUCUCACAGCAUGUCUGUGAAGAUUGUUCUGGAUGAUCCCUGUGAGGUGCUCUGAGCUGUGUCUGGCCCUGGGGAUGUUUCCAGUAGCUUGCAGACAUUGUCCUACUGGAGAGACUUUCAGUGUGGGAGCAUUUUCUACACGCACGCCCUUGGCCUGUGUGAUUCCUGAUGUUUGCUGGUCUAGCUUCAUCUCCUGCCGGAGAAAUCAUUGUGAGCAAUCUCUCCCCAUCUCUAUAAAUAAAAUGGAUCCUAUUUGUUACCCUGUCCUGAAGGAAUUGCUGGGAAAGAACAAAUUUGAAAAGUCAAAUUGAACAGGCCUGACUUCAAUGUCAGGCUCUGUGUUGUACACGAAAGUCACUUUGGAGGACCCAGGAGGCACUCAGAGAAACAGGCAAGUCAUUCUCCACUCCACUGACCCCGGCAUCCAGCAGAUGCCUGGUGCCUGCCUGUGGGGAGAGGCAGUGACCUCAGGGUCUGUUCUUCAGAUCAGAGCUGGGUAACAGCGGGAUGCGUCUGCUGCAUGCUGUGAAGCCCUCGUGGGGAGCUGACUUAGACCAGGGGACCUGAGUGGGGACAGGCGUUGGCCCCCAGCAGCCAUGAUGUAAACAGUGAUAGGUAACCGCCUGGCUGUUUCUGUGCCCAGUGACCCACCUGCAUGUUGGCUGUCAGCUGCAGCAGCCGCAUGAACCCCCACUGGUGCCGGGGAAGACACAGCUGUGGGCCUGGGAGCUGAUCCUCCCAGUGGGGUGAUGCUGCUGUGUCUCCUCUCUGCGGUUGUGAAGUCCAUGUGAUGUGAGAGCGGAAGCUGUUUCAUCCGGGUGCCCAGCUCCACUCCUGAGCAGAGGCUGGCGCUGCAGACAUUGGAAGCGGGCAGUGGCUGCCACCUGGGAUCCCAGCUCCAGCUGGGGAGCCUUCCUGGGUGGCUCAGUACAAUAGCACAACGCAGAUGCCAGUCCCCUUUGCUUCUCAGCAUUGGCCGGUGAUGCUGUCCAGCCACACUGGGUAGCCAGCUGGUAGUUUUUAAAUCUCUCUGCAAAGAGAUGGAUACAUCAACCUGAUGGCUUUGUGGAUUUCAAAAGCCACAAAGGGCGGUGGUGUUACGAGGGCCAACAACACAGGAAGGAAAAGAAUUUAUCAAGACCACAGCAAGGAAAGAGCAGAUUUAUCAAAUGCACUGCAAGAAAUAGCAGGCAAGUCCCCAGAGAGGAUCAAUCUGCUAGGGAAGAGUCUUUAUAAGGGUUUCUUGGUUUUGAAAACAUUACAGAUUUGCGGGCAGGCCUGGGGAGAGAACGUUAGGAGGAUGAGGUGGGGACUUGUGUGUCACCCUUAUGGUAGGACACAGCAUGGGGCAGGGGUAAUGUAACACACGCAUUACCAGAAAGAAUGUUAAUGGCUGUUUUGCUAUAAGCUACUGAAGCUGCUUAUUUUGAAGCAGAGUAUGUAACCCUCCUGUAAAGCCAAAUGGAGGUCAAGACAGCCUCUCCCUGGCCGCUUUGUAUUCCACAGUUAGGGGGCAGGGUCAGCACCUCAGACUGAAAAGAAGCCCAUGGGUUUGGGUAAUGAUUGAGGGCCCCUGACUCUUGUCAGACCAGACUGGCGUUCAGGAAGUGAGGGUUCUGCACUGCCAGGAAGUGAUUGAACGGGAGGCAUAUGAGAAGUGAGGGAAGAGACGAUAACCACGCAUAGUGAUUAAAGGCGGUGGAAAUAGACAAAGCCAAAUGAAAUGCGGUGUACAAACUUAUUAAUAGGGAAAUCGAUCUCUUCAUAGCUGCCUGGGCCAAGUGGGUCUUGAAUUGGAUUCCCACAGGAAGGACUUAGAGAUUUUUUUUUUUCUUUUUUUUUUUGAUACUGGGGAUCGAACUUGAGCCCUUGCGGUUCUGAGGCAGGGAGUGGAUCCACUGAGCCAAAUCCCCGGCCCAGGAGUUAGUGAUUUUUCAACAGCAGAGUUGUAAUGAUUAAAAUGCAACUUCAUUCUGAAAUCACGAUAGGUGGUAAAGUCUUAAUUAACUAGGACACAGUUAAUGAAUCCUGCAUCCCCAUCACUAAGGCUCGAGCCACUCAAGGUGAGCAAGGCUAAGGCCUUAGGUCACUGUCACUGCCCCAUGUAUCUAACACCCGAGCCAGAAGACCCACAUGAAGAGAGACGGCAGAGCCCCAGGGGCAGCAGCCGUGUUCCUGUCGUGAUAUCGCCGCAGUCAGGCAGCACAGCAGAGAAUUGUGGAUUGAUUUUCAACCCAGGAAAUGAAAGCUACUUCCAUGUCUUCCUCAGUUUACCGGUGAGUUUGAAGGAAAGCCUGGCUCCAACAUGGCUGGAGCAGGAGACCUUGGAGGGGGUGGUGGUAGCAGUGAUGUCAGCCGUUCUGCACAGUUUACACACACUCGCUGUGAGUCACCCACACCGCACGAGCCUGGGAGUACUGACCCCAUUUUGCAGAUAAGGAAACUAAGGCACAAGGGCUCGCUCAGUAGUGGUGAACCUGUGGCGGCUCGGUGCUACAGCAGGCUGUUCGUAUCGUUGAAAGCAGAGUCUAACAGGUUCACCAUCACUAAUAGCUAAUUCUUCCAAGGUCACGUACAUGACAAGGGAUUAGGGGUAGCACUGGGAUUGCACACAGAAAGUCUAGCUCCAGAGUCUGAAGAUCUUCCUGUCAGGCUAUCUGCCAGUCUGUGAAAUUUGCCCUCAGUGACAUAACUCAUGCACAGCACCUCUAAGGCACAUGGACACUUACACACCACACUUUUAUUUUUGGAGACAGGGUCCCACUGUGUAGCCCAGGCUGGCCUCAAACUCACAUUGA